GGGAUGAGGAGGGAGGGUACGUGUCGCGUUCCUGGCAGGCGGCAGCCCUAGAGGAGGAUCUAGAAAGGUUUUUUGAGGAUUUUGUCACGAGCGAAAGGGACUCGAUCCCCGGCCGGGAUGGGGCGUCCUCCCCACCUCUAUCCGGAGGGGAAGCUGAGCCGUUGAGCAUGGGAGAUGGUUGAAUCCUUUAAGAUUGGUCCGUUCUGAAUGGUAAAGAGACUAACACAAAGAUAUGGCAGUAAAUCAACAAAGUCUAAUGUCAGAUGAUAUUCUGGAUAAAGAAUAUGUUAUGGAUAGGAAAGACAGAAUUAUUGAAGAAUGUGAAGAAUUGUGGAAACAAAUGGAAAAAUAUCAGCAGGAGAUAACUGUUGCUGAAGGUGAAAGACUUAACUGUUCUGAUGCUCAGCUAACAUUAUUAAUGAUGCGAUUAAAGAGUCUAACAGCAGAAUAUAAUCAAUGGCUGGAAAGAACUCCUGACAUAAUCCCAUUGAAUCCAGAAAGUCUGAUUACACUAGGAAAAGAAGAGUUGCAAAAAUUACAUCAUAAUCUUGAAAUGUUACUGUCCACGGUUCAAUCAAAAAAUCAGAAACUACAGGAAGACUUAAGAAGAGAACAAGAAUGGUUGAAUGAGCAAGAAGAGCUAGGAGCAUCUCUCAGUGAAAUGUGUAAAGAACUAAAAAAUCAAGUGAUACCAGUUUCUGAGAAAAGAACUUUUCUGGAAAUGAAAACUAAAAUGACUAAAAUAAAAAGGCAUAAAGAGAAACUCUUGACCUCUCUGGGUGAAAUUUUAGACAAGCAUUUUCCUCUCCCUGAAGAAAAUGGAAGUAAGAAGAGAAAAAGAGAAUAUCAGCCAAAUGCACAGCUAAUUACAAUACAUGAAAUUUUAGAGAUCCUUAUAAAUGCUCUACUUCAUUCUCCACAUGAUCCAUAUGUAAAAAUUAAUGAUUCCUUUUGGCCACCUUAUAUUGAGCUGCUGCUACGUACUGGAAUUGUACUUAGACAUCAAGAUGAUCCAAGCCAAAUACGAUUAGAAGCAUUUCAUCAAUAAAAAUGAUCUGUUUUUCUUAGAUUUGAAACUUAGAAACCUUGCCACCCAAGUAUAAUGAAAACCCAGAUAUCCUAUUGAAUGGAAGAACUUGUUUUCACACCAAAAUUUAAUCUUUCAUUUGUUGCUGAUUUUCUAAUUACAUAUUCCUUUCUUAUUUAGUAAGUAUUAGGAUGUUGUAAAAUGUUUUUAUGUCACCUUUAACAUUUUGUUUCAAGCUUAACUUGGAUGCUUUAGAGAAUUCCAUUGCAGAUGAUGAAUUAGGCACUUUUUUUAGAAAAAGCCGCUGAAAUUGUUUUGGUGCUUUGGUUUAAAAGUUAAUAGAUUUUGAAAAAGCAAACUAAAAUUAUUUUCACAUGUAACAACUUAUAUGUAGACUUAUUGAAAAUUGGAAUAUUAAAGUUGGAUAAAGUUGUUAAUGUAUAAGAAUGUAUAUUUAAAUGCUAAAUUAUAUUAUAAUGGAAAUUAAA